CACUCGCAAGAUAUAUAGCCACAAUUAUAAACACAUGUAGGUCAUAGAAAAAUGGCAUAGUGUUAGGUGUUUGUACGUCCUGUGGUUAAAAAAUAUAAUUUUUAAGUUUAAAUGGCCUUCAGUGAUUUGUGUCUCAAUAGUAACGCGUACAAAUCCAUCGAAAAUGAUGCUGAUCAAUCAGAAGAGAACCCGAUGGUUCGUGAGCUCAUCACAAAAAUUCUUGAAGAUCCUGGACCAGCAGAUACAGGCAGCUCUAUACCGCCACCGGAAAAAGGUAUAAACACCAUACCGUCAAGCUUAAACCAAUACCCAAACAAUGACACAGGAAACUCGUUCAUGUCUUCACUAUCUCCAUACAACUACAACCAGAAUGUUCCCCUCACAUACAAUUACAACGAGCCACUGGGCAGUUACAACUUCAACUCUCAACCCCAACACGGCUUCAAUGCGAACGGUUUUGUCAAUUAUCCCGAGAACGAUGUUAAUACGCUGCUCAUGGACCCGAUCAACGAGACCGAGGCAGUCACACCGGAGCAGUUAAACUUGCUCCGACUCGCAGCACAAGAGAUAGGGGGCGCCCAGUUCUCUAGUCCUAACAAAUACGACGAGAAAUUCUAUAAUUUCUUCGAGCCGAACCAAAGAAACUCUCUCCCUGAGCCGAGUAUGUUCAACAAUUUCAACCGACCGAACAGUCUCAAUCUUGACAUGAACUUCACGCCGAAUUACGAAUCGCCGCCCUUCAACGCGCAAAGGUUUCCGAACAAAUUCGAGAACGGUUAUUUGAAAGAUCAAAAUCACGAUCCGACGGAUGUGCUCGCUUACUUGAACCAAUUAAACUUGGGCGAGCGAACGCGCGACGAGAUGUUACAAAACGAUUUUAAAAUGCCAAUGGAUGUGAACGGAUUCCAGAGCGACGAUUUCAAUAAAAUGCAAGAGGAAAGGAACAAAUUGUUGUUCAACAAUAGGAACUUCCCACCUCCCACUAAAAGUUUCAAUGGAGAGAACGGCUUUUACAUGAACGACUUGGUGUCUCCGAUGACCGAUCGGAACACGAACCAGAACUACGAUUUCUCGAAUCCACCGAGCUCGAACUCGAUGAAUUUCAAGCCGAACGGUUUCCACCAGCAGCAGAACGAGUUUGUCCAAAGACGAGAUAUAAAUCAAAUGUUACCGCGAGAUGGUUUUCAGGGUAAUGGUAACGUGGAAAGGUCGAAUUUUGAUAAUAUAGGCAGAGAUAAUGCUGCCGCAAAUUUAUUGAGGCAGCAAGAGUUGGCCCGACAGAUGAGCGUGUUGAUCAGAAAUCGCCCACCGCCGAAUCAAUUGAAUGUGGACGUUUCUUUUUUGCACGAAAAUACUCCUUUUAAUAUUGGUGCAUUCCUUGGUCCUAGCCCGAACGUCCCACCGCCUGUGUUGCCAUCGCCUAUGUUGGAUAUACCUGUAUUGGCUCCCUUCUACGCUAUGAGAAAUAUUAGAGGUGCAGCUACGUCAUCAAGCAUCCUCCACGCGCGACUGGACGCGUGCUACGAACAAUGGAGGCAGUUGGAGCGCGAGAGGAAACGCACAGAGGCCCGUCUCGCCCUCGCCUACCCCGGGAGAGCCGUCUCAUCGUCCAACUCCAUCCCUGUGCCCAGGCUGCCCCCUUGCCCCACCAGAGUGGACCGUCUCACUGUGGACAUGCUGAGAGAACACACUAAGGUACUAACACUGAUGGGUAAAAUGGAGACCCUGCGUGCGAGUGUGUGCGUCGCUCAAAGCAAGAAGGCUAACAAACAGGAAGACCCCAAGAUCACAGUAUUAAAGCGCGGCCAGGAGAACGUCGCAGAGAAGGAGGCGGAGCCCGAGCCUGGAGCCUUCAACCCUUCCACCUGGAGGGAUGAUGUCAAGAAUUUGGCAGAGAUAGCGCCUCACAGCGAAGUGGAGAGCGCGAUGCUGGCGUGGAGGAACGCCGUGGCGGGCGUGCAAGCCGCCAGGAGACGCGAGCUGGCGCCGCACUCCGCACACACGAGAUUCAUGAGGAGUGAUCCGAUCCUGCAGUUGGCGGACGCGGUGAAGCAGCUGUGCGCGUGCGCGCGGCGCGCUCGCUGCGCCAUGUGGUGCGACCUCACGCUCACCGUCGCGCUGGCGCCGCACUCCUACUCGCACGUGCAAGGCGAGAAUUCCCCGCAGCUUCCGGCUCAGGUUUCACCAAAGUCCUCACAAAGUAACUCCGCAAGCAACACUCCCAACAAUACCAGGUCGAAGCCUGUUGAGCAGAAAGAGAAUUCUGUCCUUUUCAGGAAAAGCCACCCGCCGACAGCCAACUGGCCAACAACGACACAAAGCAAGAGGCCGAACAAAAACAACCAAACAAACAACCAGAGAAGGAGAAAAACCAACGCCGGACACAGAACUAUAGAAAAGUGAACCAGAGGAACGACUUCUAUCAGAGGAACCAGAGAUAUGAUAACAGGUUUGUUCACAACAGACACCCGUAUCACUAUUUGGCCACCGGACCUAUUAACUAAAUGUAUUUGCUGUUUUAUAUACAUUUGUUUUUUUUUUUAAUUAUAUAUUUAGCAUGCGUUCACAUCUAACGUAGUCAGUCAGUCUCUUUCAGUGUUAACAUAGAGACAAAUUGGUGAAUAUGAUUCUCUUUUUAACCGACUUGAUUGCUAUCCGAGUCAGCUACUGAUUUUAUGUUAGGUGUGAAUGCAUUGUAAAGUUAAUUUUAGGUCCCUGAUAAUGAUCCAGUCACUAAAAAUAUGAAUUUUAAAUGCACAUACUAUAACUGACACAUAUUUAUUUUAAAACAGAUAAGAUUUUGUACUAUCCCAUUUGUUUUAUUAUUUUUUUGACAAAACUACAAUAUAGUUAAUUUUUUUUGCUAUGUUAAAAAUAUUCAAGCAAAUAUUUUCUAAUACAAACAAAAUAAAAUAUGUAGUAAUUCUGGAAUCCUUAAGCAGGACCCAUUUUUGAUAUUAAAAAAAAAACUAUAAUUUUAUGGUUUUCUCUUAAGCUAGUUUUGGGACUUCAGUCUUCAUAGGGGUUGAUGUAGACACCAAAUUUUGUUUUUUGUCUGCUUUUCCUUUGCAUUUUGUCACUAAUUUUCUUUUGUCAAUACUUAUUUUUUUUUAAACUGUUAUUAAUCUGAAACGUCUUGGUCAUUAUUAUGGAUUUAAAUUGCCUUGAAUACAUUUUAGAGCGAAAACUUGACAGAGCCAAUCAAAAAUAAAAUUCGCUUUCUCAGAAAAUAGUGAAUUUUUUUAUUACAUAAAUCAAAUUUAAUAAAACUUUGCUUGUUCGUCAAACCUGCUGUAAUAAAUGGGUACAAAAAUAUGGGAAAGUGGAUUUUAUUUGUGAUCCUACAGUAUUUUAAAGGGUAAAAAUAUUUUAUGGUUAAUUAAUAGGCAAAGAGUUGGUUACGAAAUUGGAUAUUCCGAAAAAGUCCUACGAUUCCAGUGUGAUAAUUCGAUUCUAAAGUGAUAAGAAAUAAAGUGAAGAAGUUAAAAUAUAAGGAAAUAUAGAACAAUUUGGAAUAUCUGAUUGUUAAUAAAAAUAAUUAUAAGUAUAAAAGAUUUCGAUGGUUAAGUAGAAGUAUAAUGGCUUAUUGACAUAGCAUAAUGACGCGGAACUACCGAAUCUUGAAUAGUUGUGAUCUUGGUAUUACUUGUUUAAUACAAAUUAAGUUAUCUGUUGUAAUAGUAUUACAGGGAUUUGUUUUUAUAUAGGAACAAAUGAAGGUUUUCACUCUAAAAUGACCUGGAACUCCGAUUAAGGAAACUUGGCUGCAUUUAAAACUAAAAAAAAUCCAAGACUAAUUCACUGUGAUGUUACUAUUUAUUCUCUUUUAUAAUUCACUGCUGAGCUACGUUCAAAUUUUCUAGUCUAGGAGCUAACACUUUUUUGAAUGACUACAAAGUUUUAUACGUUUUUUACUCACUGCGUCCCCUUGACAAUGUUCGUCAGUUUUAGAUCAAAUGCAGCCAACUUUCUUGCAAUAAAAAACGGAUUUUUUUACGCGAAUACAGCAUUUAUGUGACUCGAAAGCGAAUACUUAUAUCAUGACGGCUAACUGCAGCCAUUGUGUCGAUUUAAUUGUUUUAAUGCGAUACAAGUAUGAAGUUGAUAUUGUAGCCUGAUAUAACAAGCCUUAGGAAAACGCAGGGCUAGUUAUAAAUUCCACUCCUAGUUUUAAUCAGUUCCGAUAUAUUUAUCAAUAACAAAAAUCUUGCGAUUUUUCAAACUAAUAUGACCUAGAUACUUUAUUUUCUAAAUAACAUUGGACUUUUUGGAAGUGAAUAUUAGUUUUUAACUCGUAUUAUUCGCGUUUCGGUACACUUAUUGGGGCUUGGAAAACGAAUUCUAAAUGGGGUCGUUGCAAUCCUAAAUAAUUAUCAUAUCAACAAUAAAAAUUUAUUAAAAAAAUAAAUAUAUUAUAUGAAGUACACUUUUUAAAAUUAAAAAAAUAACCUGUGCAUUUACAUACAAACUCGAAUAUUUAUUAUAAUACAUGAUUAUAAAAAGUGUUGUUCAUAUACACGUACUGGUAGGAAAGACAGAAUGAAUUAAUAUAUUUAAUAAAAGAAAUAUAUGUUACUCUAUUUGAAAUAGGAUGUGUGUAGUUUAGAUCGUAUGCGUAUCUGAUACCUUGCGUAAUUUAUUAAUCGUGCUUGGCUGAGGUUUUUGUAUUAUAUAAAUAUAUAAAUGUGUUACAUCUGUCAUGCAAAUGGCUGGAUUACUUGCCAAAUUCGCUUGGUGUGAACGAAAACUGUUCAUAUGGUGAAUGGAGAAAGUAUUAUAAUUUUAUAAGUCAGUCCGUUCAUAUAAAAUGUGUGUAUAGUUUUAUAUGAAUGGACUAACUUUAUUACUUUGACAUUAAAAGUGCAAAAAAAAUCAAAUUUAAAACUUAAAAAUAAAAUUUACUGCUCGUAAAAAUACGAUCGAAACGACUGACGUAAAGGAGAUGGUCCAAAAUUGUAUGGAGCCCAGGAUCAGUCAUUGUACCCUGGCGCAAAUAAAAGAAAAAGUUUUUAAACUAUUUUUGAUUAUACAUAUCUACGAAUUUACUUUAAUUGUAUCGAAAUUUCUUGCAAUGCAACAAAAUGCAACACUAGUAUGGGUAAUAAUAGCGGAUUGAUGACGUUUUCAAUGCAGUAGUCGAUUUGACGUUUGCUGUCAAUUGUCAUCUCAUAGUUGCUUUAUGGGCGCCAUCUUGAUUUAUCUCGAUAACUUGGGUUUUAAUUUUAUUUAUUUAGUUAGAUUUAUUCACUUAUUUAGAUUUUAAUAAAAUCCUUGUAUUUUUUAAAUUUUAAUGACACGGGGUGCUAGACUGGAUCUGAAAUGGACCAUCUCCUUUUAUAAUUUUCUAAAAAUUUUUUUAUAAAAAUACAUAUUUUUAUUUAAUUGUUAUCAUUCCCGAUGCACGUGUGCAUUAUGAUAUCUAGUCAUUGCAAUUGGCAACUAAAGGCGGCGAUGAAGUUAUAUCGAAUUACUUAAUAAUAAAUAGAUGUUCGAGUGAAAUGUGAGUUAUGGAAUAUACGUAAGAGUGAAGUGAUGAAAGAAUAACUAAAAAAAUCGAAAAGCCCAAUUUUCGUUCACACCAAUUAAAACCUUUACUAAAAAUGUGAUGUUUCUUAAUACUAGUUGACUCUAUUUUAUUAUCAAAAUUCGUGAAAAUAUAUAAAAUGAAGUUAAAUGACUAGAAAUAAGUGUAGCACGUAUUUAUUUGAAAGUGACGAUUUUGAUGAAUUCGUGUAAGGUUUUUAGGGUUAGAAUUUGGGAGAAUUGAUUUACGGAAUUGAACGUUAAUAUUAAGGUGAAUUUGUUUUUUCUAUAUAUAUUUUUUUCCAUUGUUUUCCUUCGUUUAGUUUUUAUUUAACAGGUAUGUUUUUACUACUCAAUAUUAUUACGCUUCUAAAUGAAUUGAUAGCCAGUUCCUCAAAUAAUAGAUUAGUGUAAAUUAAAGUUUAAUAAUGAGUAAUCGUCUUUUAAUAUUGCAAUACUUUUCUGUUGUGCAAAAUUGAUAACUAUUUUAAAAUAACCUAUUGCCUGGUGUAAAUACUAAUAAAGUUGAUAGGACAGUAGUCACUUGCUCAUUAAUCAUGUAAAUUUGUUUUGUGGGUUUGCUCAAAAUUUGUCAUUCCUCAUUUCAGUCAUUAAAAAUAAAUCAUUAAAUUUUCCCUAUUAUAGUCUAUCAACUACUUUAGUAUUACGCUCAGAAAUUGAUAAUAAAUAAAAUGAUUUUUUUAAAAGUAUUGCUCUAUUAAAAACGAUGACUAUUUUACCCAAUACAAUAGGCUAAAAUUUCUGUGCAUGUUAAUUGCAUGAAUAAAAGACAUUUUUUUAUAGGAAAAUCAAAUAUCGGAAUCCUCGAUCGCGUGGUUCAGGUUUGCGGGGUAUGACGUCAGAGGGGAGUGAGUGAAGAGAGGCCAACAGGCGUAUUCCUCAUUCAUUCAUAGGUAUGCGUGUCCGCUCGCAGGAUAUUUUUGUUGAAGUAAAACUUUUGCGUUACGAAAAUUGUAAUCGGGCGAUGAGAGCUGCCAUCUACAGGCAAAAAACAGAACUUUGAAACAAUCCCUUUUUGUACACUUCAAGAAACUGUUGCGAAGCAGUUAUGCCUGAGGCUGAUAGAUGGCGCUUUGUUUUUCAUUAUUGAAAGAAGUUUUACUUCAGUCGUGUGGUCUACUGCACUCUUGGUGUUUUUUUUUCUGCAAAACAUAUCAUUAAAAAUACAGUGUUGCACACUGUAUUUUUAUACCUUUAAAUAAAAAUAAUAAAGUAGAUUAAAAAGAAAUAAAUAAGCCAAUAGGGUCUAUUAUUUUUUUUUACAUCUGGCUAAGUCAAAGAACCGUGUUAAAUUAAAGCUCUAAAAAACUGAAAUAAGAACUUUUUAAAUAUUAAAUUUAAAGGUAUAAAAAUGAAAAUGUCAGCUUGUCUCGAGGAUUUUUUGCAAAAAAAGAUCCUCGGUUUGGAGAUAUUAGGGUUGAUUUAGCCCUACUACCUCCCAGUCUACAGUUCUGUGUUAGGGUAGUGUGAGAAGUACAGGACAAGUUUUCAGCUUGGCUCAAAUAACUACCCAAAAAUGUUGACCUGCUCUCAGACUAUGUACUACGUGGGCGAGGACUCGAAUAUUCGAUUGCCUAUAUCACAGCUUUGUUAGGCGCCACCUCCACGAUAGAAAAUUAUCGACAUUUAUAAAGCUUUUUUAGCUGCCGGAUCUUACAAUUUUAACAUAUUAUGAUAUUAAACACAAUUAUUAACAAUAGUUUUCUAAUACUUUUUAACAAUACACUAAGUAUACAAUACAUUAUUAUAAAUCUUUCUCGUUUUACUAAAUAUUUCAAUCGCAUUUUAAUAUUUUUUCGACUUUAAGCAUAAGCGUCGAGUUUUUUUUUAAUUUUUAACCUGUCACAAAAAUCAAAAGUUUUAUAAUCUACACACAAAUACUUUACUCAAUAUGUCUGACAUAGUCUGUUCUCGUUGAAAAAGUUUGUUGGAGAAAACAGAGUAUCAGGCAUACCCACUUAAGUCCCAGCAUUGUUUUGUGGUACAGCUUUUGUGACGUACACUCAGAGGCACAAUUAUUCGCCCACUUUAAUAUACACGCGUCAUAUUAAAGUGGGCGGAUAUUUGUGCUUCUGAGUAUAUAUGCGUUUACCGAACUGUUAAGUGGGCUCACUGGAGCUUCCAAGUUUAAAGUAUUUGUGUUCUUUAUUCCUAUCAGGUGUUUUAUUGACCGAAUGCAUAAUAACUGAAAAAAAAAAUAUUGUGGAGAUGGCGCCUAAGGCGUUACAAAACCAAAACCAUCAUAUCUUCCAUUUUUAGUUCGUAUUAGGUCUUAAGUUUAAAUGUGUUAAUCGCUUUCCGAACAAAUAGUUGUUUAUUUAUCAUAGGUUAAAACAGAUUGCGUAUUUUGAGAGCAUCGCAAACUAUCAAAUCUCAUGUUAAAUGAUAUAAAUUUUAUAAAAAAGGCUCGAUUGCUUAAAUAGAUUGAUAAUUUUUAAAAAAAACCUAAUUUUUCCUAAUUUUUUCGCGAUGAAAUAUGUACCAGUAACAAAACAAAUAAACCAGUAUAUUUUUACGUCACAAAUAUUUAGCUCUUGAAUAUGCAAUCGAUUAUAAUCUAUGUGCAUGCAUUUCUAAUGACUUGAAUUUGAUUUUGUACAAAGUUUCUAGAAAAUCUUGAAAAGUUGAACUUAUCACUUCGAUGGGAUGCUAAGUUUUAUUUAAAUUGUAAUUUUUUUUUAUUUAAUAGUGUUUUUUUUUUAUUUAUUUGUUUGUUAGUGGGGGUUGGUAGACAAUUUUUAAGAUGUUCGCUAAAAAAAGGGAAAUUGAUUGGUCUUUACUCGUAUGUCUAAAAGCACAGUCUCCCAAACUGUGUCACGUAGUUAGUUCAAUGUGACUAUACACAGUAGUUAAUACCGUAGACCAGUGGUUCACAACCUAUGUGAUUUUUAUAAAACCCGAUAUUUCUAAGGCACCAUUUGCCAUUUUUAUAGCAAAGUACACUCCGAAAUUAUCGGUGUUUUUUUAACAAUAAAUCAACAGUAUAAUUAGCUUGAAUUUUUUUAAAUAUAAUCUUAAAUUAAUUAUUGAAUUUCUCGCAUAAUUUCACAUUGUUUACACAAUAAAAACACACAAUCAAUUAAUUUAACCUUUUUAUAGAUUACUUGGGAUAUGCGUUGUUCGUUGAAUAUUGACAUUCUCUGAACUGAGCUAAUCUAAGGUCAUCUUUCUGAAGACAUAACAUAUCAAAUUAUAAAGUUACGUCCGGACAUGAAAAAUAUGCGGUAUUAUUUUUUUGUUCGGACAUUAAAGCAUAUAUUUUUAAUUAAAACUUAACUAAGCUUACGACCAAUUUCGCUGUGUACAUGCAAACGUUUUUAUAUGGUGGCCCUUUGACAUACUUUGAGAACCACUGUACUAAUCUUAAAGGCCUAACAUAAGGCCAUAUAGUAGGUGUUAUUUGAUCUAAAUGUUAGUGAUAAUCCAGAAAAGUUCAGUGUUUACGGAUAGUCCGUUUUCGAUGUGAUUUCAUUGUUGUAGUAUUAAGAACUCGUUAGAUGCGACGAGCUCCUUUUAUCCCACUGAUGUACCAACCCCAUAAGGCUGAGAUCUCACUGAGCGGUUUCUGUCCCCCACUCCACGAUGACGAAACUGCGACAUUUCUAUUAACUAUAUAGUAUUAAUAACUAGCGGAUGCCCGCGACUUUGUCCGCGUGAAAUUCACUUUUCACGAAUCCCGCGGGAACCAUGGAUUUUUCCGGGAUGAAAAGUAGCCUAUGUGUUAAACCAGGAUAUUAUCUAUCGUUGUUUUGAAUUACAGCCAAAUCAGUUAAGUUUAAGGUUAAGGCGUUAAAGAGUAACAAACAUCCAUAAACACUUUUGCAAUAUUAGUAGGAUUAUUAAAAGCGUUUUUUUCAUUUGUCCACUAAACUUAUUGUUUAAGUAAUGGUAAGUAUUCGAUAAUGUACAAGUUAAAUUGAUUGGAUAUGCAUGCAUUCUGUCUUGAAACUGAACUAAGUAAACUCUUGUUGUAUUUGUAUACUAUUUAUUUAAUUUUCUAAAAUAUAUAAAUAUAAAUGCAUAAUAUAAUUAUGUCAUGUCUGUUGUACAAAUGUAGGUAAAGUGCAGAAGCAGGUACACGAACAUACACAAUAGUUUUUUUUUUUAAAAGAAUUUUUGCCAUACUCUUUUUUAAUAUGAACAAUAUACCCAUUCCCCUACAAUUAGUCGGGAAAGACUGUAGGUACGACAAUAGACCAACGGGGUGAGGAUUGAACCACCACCCCUCGGUGAUGAGUCCGACCACUCUUACCGUUGAGCUAUUGAGGGUAUUAUUAUGUCAAUAUAUAGAUUUACUUGCUUCUCGCAAUACAUCAGGCAUAUAAUCUGCUUACCUAUCAAUUGACAAUAGUUAGUUUAAGUUACGUAAGUCAUAUAAAACGACGUAUAAAUAUUAUCAAUAAUAAUUAAUUAGCGGUUUCGCUACCGUGGCGAAUGCGGUUUUAAACACGCCCCGUGAGUUCUCAGCCUAAUUAAAUCGCUUCGGUUUAUAUAAAAAAUAGCUAUUUUAGUACAAUGAAUUCGCACACAGUAAGUAUAUGUUUUAGUAUUAGGCAAAUAAAAUCAAUUUUGAUCUAAUAAAGGAUCCCUUAUAAUAUAUUUAAAAAAAUGUUCUAUAGUAUUAACGUGGCCGAAUGUCCUUUAAGCCAUUUAGAUCCAAGGAGGUCAGGUGGUCUGAAGAUCCUAUAAUAUGCAUAGCACAAUAAUUUAGUUUCUUAGCAAAUUUUAGUAGAUAGUUUAAAUGUAGUUCUUGUUUUAUUUUUUUUUUAUCAUUUCAAACGUCAGAAAAAAUUGGAGUUUCACUUGAUUGUUGCCAUAUAAUUGUAACUAUUUACCUCAGUCCUUUCUAACGCUUACCAGUUCUUGGUAUGGAAUGUAAGAGAAUAUGUAAAAAAAAAUUGUUAUGAAUUUAGCGAGAAAAUUUAGUAGGCUCAGGUUAUACUGUGAGCGAUGCGUGGCGAUACUAUUGCACAUCUCAACGAUUUUCUAGUAAAGCGUUACAUAUACACAUUGAAUAAUAUGAAUGGCCAAAAAAAAACAAGAUAAGGCCGAUUUAAUUGUGAUAGUGUAUAUCUUUUAAUUUCACUGUGUUUUUAUCCUACUUCGUAUUUGGCCUAUUACUUCUUUACGUUCGUUACAAAAGAGAUGAAGGUAUUUCUGACCGAUUUUCACUAUUAGAACCAGGUCCUGAGAUAUCUAAUAAGACGAUACGCGAUCUAAAAAUGGCAUACAGAAGUUGAGUGAAACAUACUUUAGUUGUCUUUAUUUGUCUGUGUUCAGAGUUCUGUUUCAAAGCUAUGUGAAUGUUGCCAUUUACGACAACGAAAUGUAAAAUAUCUGUAAUGAAAACAGCAUGAUUUUAUAUCACUUUUUAUUCCAUAAAUUAUGUGAGUUUGAUUGAUACUGUAUCCCUUUUUCUAAUUGCUAUAACGUGUAGAGACAAUAAUGAAUUAUUUCGAAUGAUGUUUACGUUUCUCAAAAGAUUUUAUUAUGACGUUACAUUUUUUAACAAAAAAUAAGGCCUGUAUGAUGAUUUUUUUUGUAAAUAAAAACCAAAUCUAAGCAUUCGCUUUGUUAUAGUACGAUUAACAUAUCACGAGUAUUAGCAUCGCAUCGCCACAUCGCUCACUAUAUAACCGUAGCUUUAGGUUGUUGAUAUUCUUUAUUUAUUUUUCAUUUGACAGAUGAAUUUAUUAAUCUAAUAUUAUUAUUUUUGUAGAUAAAUUGUUAACGUACCGUUCAGUUACGGUGGCUAUGAAAUAUUGCUCGCUUAGGUGACGGCAUAUAUAAGAUGAAUAUAUUAAGAAUUUUUUUGGAAUGCAACUAGCUUCCUUUAAAAAUGAAUUAUGUUGGUUGGGGCGUCGCUGUGGCUUAUAUUAUUAUUUUUUUUUAAUAAUACCUACAGUAUUUUUAAACAAAAAAUUAAAAAAAAAAUCUUUAUCCUAACCACAAAGUGCAAUACAUUUGUUUAGGUAUAUAUCGGUUUUAUUUCAAUAUGACGAUUGCUAGAUGUUUGUACUAAAUUAGACUACCAACAAAAAUAUUUGGUCGACCUUAAUAUUUUACAAAAAAUAUUUUCUAUAGACCAAAUGGACAUCAACUGUCAUACUAGAAGUUUGUAAUUUUUUUUUUGCCAAAAUACUUAAACUAGACACGUCGUGGUAUAAAUUUAAUAAACAAUUAAAAAUGACAAUUUCGGUUCAACACAAAAUAUAAUAAAGGUAAAUAAACAAACUGGCAACAUUUUAACGUAUAUCCUUUAUACUUCAAGUUACUAUAAUUAUUAUUUACAAAUGUACUAACGUAAUUCGAUGACAUCUGUCAACAAAAUAUUACAUAUCCUACCAUAUCUUCCUUGAAAAUCUAAUAAAUAAAAAAAAUCAAGAAAUAAAUAUUCUCGAAACUGCCAUUAUUUACAUAGUCGUAGACAACCUUAGGCCUAACAUGCGACCUACGACAUAUGUCAUGAAGACAAAAUGACGAAUGAGCGGCCGAACCGAAAAUAUCGCUAUCUCUUUCGUCUUUUCGCAACGAAAGAGAGAGCGCUAUUGGUCGACAGUUUGUCUUCAUGACAUAUUUCGUGCUUGUAGGAAGACAUAGGUGUAUCUGUAGAAAGUUGUCAGUUAUUUAUUAGCCUUUAUACAUGGUUUAUAAUGAAAUGUGACUCUUAGCGAUGCUCCAACCAACCACUGCCCAUACUUGUGUUGGCUCAAAACGUUCCUUCCGUCCAUAACGCAUAGACUAAGCUUUCGGUGCAUUUCGUUAAAAAAAAACGUAGGUUUGGGACAAAAAUUUCGAAAAUAUUUCUCUUGAAAAUCCAAUACUUUGGAUAGUAAUGGUGUAAUCACACACUGAAUGACUUUAUUUUCAAAAUUCCUUGUACAGUUUUUAUGCUUUUUCGGUGAUAUAUUAAUCGACUCUCCACUUAACAAUAGCUUAAUUUUGGAUAUGAUUACAUUCAUAUUUAAUCGGUAUAACCUUUACGCGAAACCUUUAAUCCAAAAAAACCUAAUAAAUGAACCUUUAGAUAAUAUUUCAAAUCCAUAAUAUAAAAAUAUGUACGUAGUAGGUACAUAAUACAUUUUUGUUGAUUUUCCAGGUUUUUGUCUCAAACCUCUACAUUUUAAACCACGCUUUUUGCAUUCAUCUCGAUGAGAUAGUCCUUUACAAGUUAAGUUCUCUCAAUAAUAUAUUCGCUGACAUAUUUAUAACAUGAAUUUCUAUAUGACCAACGCUUUCAACAGCAUAUCUUAUAAGAAUUGUGUGAUAUAUUCCUAAUUAUAAUGAACUUGUCCUUAGUCCAUAAUGCAGUAUGGAAGAUACUAAAAACCAAAAGCAUUCAGUACUUAAUACCAAUAAAAUGAACGCUUACAAUAUAUUAAAAGUUAAGUGAUUCUAUAUUUCCUAAUGUCAAAAGUACGUCCUAUAUAUAUAAAGAAUACGUAUUUUAUCGGUGGAUUUAUUUUUAUGCGCUGUCUGUAUUUUAUUAUCUAUAGGAGAAUGCCAAAUGUUCCAAAUGUGAAAUUGAUCUGGAAAAGUUUGGCCAUUAAUAUAGUUUAAUUUUACUUAGUUUAAAGUGUGGACAGCUUCUUUAUGAUCGGUAAUGUAAAGUGAUUCCUGAAAUAAGAAACUUGUGUUCAGAAAAUAAAGCCAAAACUUGUGAAUUAAAAAUCAGCCUUUCCAGUUGUACCUAAUUAAUCUAAAGUUGGGUAAAAAGAACGUUUUCAUCAUGGUACAGGUAUGGUUAAUAUUUCUAUAAAGGCACCCGACAUGGGGUUUGUUGUCCCACAAAUUUGGCGCCCCAGGUCUUGCGUCGUCAGCCUUUCGGGCCCCAUCAGGCGAUGCCUCUGCGCUCGCCCAAACCCCUCGGUGACGCCGCUGAGGCCCCAUUAAGGAGGUCUUACUCAAUCAGAAAAACUUGCGUCGUGUUGAACGAUCAAGAAUUAUUUUACACUACCGAUAUUCUAUAUACGUACCCGUAUAACAAAUUACUUAUAAUUCUAAAUAAUAUAUGAACGCUAGAUUUUCGUAGAUAGUGAAAUGGCGCGAGAGUUCGGUAGCGAAUAUUUUGUAUUGUUUAUUUUUAAUCAGCUAUUUUAUAAAACUUAAUAUUUUAUUGGAUUUAGAAACUAAUAGUGUUCUUGCAAAGAACUAUUUAGGACCCCAUUCUUAUGGUAACUGUUAACAAUUGCUAGUAAAGUGUUAUUAACUUAUUAUAGUUAUUUUGCUCCUAAAAUCCUAAAUGUACAAAGCACGUGACAGCUAGUUCGAUGAAGCUAGUUUCUCGUUAGGAUGCGCUUAGGGGAAGUACCUUUAGCAAGACUGGAAUAUAUUUCUCUUAUUAUUUAAAGUUAUCUGAAGCUUUUCAAAGAAGCUAUUAUAUCUCGAUGUUAAUCGUUAAAAGUGGAUUUAUCCCGUGAGUUUAUUUUUAAUAUUAGUGUUCCUUAUAACGACACAGAUCGCUUCGUUUCGUCUCAGAGUCUCUGGGAAUUUAUUUAUCUGAAUGUGGAUCAAUCUUAGAGCUUUAUCGAAUUUGAUAAUAAUUUACGAAAUGGAUAUUUAUAGAAAAGAAAAACAUAACUGACCGAAAAAAAAUUAGCUGAAUGUAUUCUUAACUCACUGUUUAGAUAGAUAUUCCUGCAAUAUUGUGUAUCGUAGACGGUUUUUAUUCUAUUUUAAAUGAUGCUAGUUGUGUAAAGGGUAUCGUUAGGAGUCUUCGUCACUAGGUGAAGUUAGACAGUUACAUGGCUCUAAAGCUUACAGUACGAAUCUAAUAGUUAGGUACAUGUUUUAUAGCCGUGCAUGGUUAAAGAGUUCUUGAAAUAUUGUAACUUUUAUAUUAUAAUAUAGCAUAAUAUUCGGUGUCCUUUCAAUUCGGGAUGUGGGUCGGUUAGUUGUAUCGCCGUCGAGCGGCGUUUUGAUGUCUUAUGAACAAUUAGGGGCCCAUUGUGGGCGCCAAUACCUGCAUCGUUUGCACAAAUACUCUAUUCUAAUAAAAAGUUUUAAUCACUGUUUUUUGAUACUAAGGUCGUCGUUAGAGCUGAACGUUCUACAUAAGUUGCAAGUUAGUUUUUAUAGAGGCAUGAUUGUGGACAAUAACGGUGGCGCGUCCUGCUACAGGACUUGUGAUAGCGGCCCCAGAGCGCUGUAGCUCUGCCACCACGAUUUAUAAUCUGUAUUUAGUUUGUUAAGUUUAACGUUGCUUCUACGAGGUUUUGCCGUAACAAUAGGCAGUUUUUCUAUUGGAUAUUUAGUGGAUUUGAUAUAUUUUCAGCGGUUGUUUAGCGUUUCAUAGACGUAACUAAUAUUUUUGCUACUCGCCGAUUAGCGUACGGUUCUGUCCAAUUUUUAUAGGAAUGGCAUCAUGAAUUUUUUCGACACGUGCGGACCAAAAUAAUGGUUUCUUUCAUGUAAUUGAGUUUGAUGGUAAUGGAAAAAUACAGGAUUUAUUUUGCCAGUUCCUCUUAAAUGUAAGUGAGAAUUUCUAAAAUAUUUUUAUAGUUGUAAGCGUCGAUGAAUUAAGUUUUUUUACACUGUAGCUACUGCGUAAGUACGAUAAGGCGACAGUCGCGUUCGCCUGUUAGAAGUCGGAGCGCGAAAGUCACUGGUUACUCGGACCGCGUACGUCGCGCUGAGUACGUCGCGCCUGUCUUACUAACAGGCGAAGGUGCGACAGUCGCUGCGGUGCACAAGUAUUAUACUCACGAGGCACAGACGCUGGCAAGUGUCGGUGCUCUCGAUGGCUGAACUAACGAUGCGCCAGUAUAUCGCUCUUUUGUGUACGUAUAUCAAAUAAGUUUUAAGUUUGUGGUGCUAACUACUUCCCGACACCAUUAAUGUAUUUUUACGUUUAAGUUUAAGUGAUUUACGCAAAGUGGGUAUUCUGUUGUUACUAUAUGGGAGAUGUAUUGGGAAGGUGCGACCUUUGCUUCUGUUUUAAUGUGUGCAAUCUCACCCAGUCCGCUAUGUUCAGUGACAUUUCUCAUUACGAUAAAAGAUAUAUUUUUAUAACUUUUGGUACAAAUAAAAUGAAUUGUAACUGAUUCCAAGAAGGUCGUGACUUCUCGCAAGCUUCUUGGUGUCAGAUAUAGGUUUUAUAUCUAAAGAAAAAGAAGAUGUAUGAGUUCCUGUCUAAAUUACCGUGGACAGCUGAAUGUCAUCAGCAGAAUGUAAUUCUGAUUCCAACGCUUUUGUAUUAGACGAAUAGAUACACUAAACAUUUGUUUUUGCUUUAGAGAUAAUUGUAUUCCCCAGCAUUUUUGUCUUCGACACACUGCCACUGUUUUCGAGACCGAUUGAUAGUGUGUAAUUUACAUUCUGUUUUUUUUUUUUGUAAUUUUUUUGUUUCUUGUUAUGACUAUUUUGUUGUUAAAACGAUACUACUGUGUACAAACAUGAGUUUGUAAUCGUCUAUUCUCAACUUGUGGAUGGAUCUUAAUGGUUUUAUGAAUUAAAUUUGGUUUGGUAGGAGUGUUAUUACUAAUGUCACCAUCAUUUACUGGUAGAACGAUCGUGAAUGAUAAAAAGUACUAGACAGUUUGUUCUUCUAGUGAAUUAACCCCAGUAACACAACAUUUCAGCGGUGUUUGGAAUUUUAUAUAUUCAAAAGGUCGUAGGAUCAAAUUCCAUCCGUUGGACUGUUGAACGUUCAUUUCGCUUGUUUGGAAAUUUAAAUGGCAACAUUAGUAAUUUUUAAAAACAUUCCUAAAAUAAAAUAAAAAAACAGUUGAACGAUUGAAAAAUAUGGACAAUUUGUUGUCAGUUGAUUUUAUCCACUUGAAAAGUUGAGAAUCGAUGUCUUAGAUGAAUUUAAAGUAUUCGCUAGUCCUUAUCUCAUGUGAAGAAUCUGUAAAAGAUACUUAGGUGUUUUUAAGAUUAAUACAAAAUAAAUAUACUGUCUGUGGUGUAAACGAAUUUUAUGAGCUUAUUAAAACUUAAUUCCAUGGUAUUUGGAAGCGCAGUGUAAUGUUUAAUGGUGUUCCUUCGAUUUUACACGUCUCCUUGCACAAACACUAUGACUUGAGAGAAAAAGCGAUGAAUAAAAAACUUGCAAAUAUAACCUAACCUAACCGAACCAUUUGUUUGGCUUUGGGAUUUAUAAUUCCACGUCCAAUUUGACAGGUCCUUGACCUUGACCUUGGGAUUUAUUAACAAGAAAUAUAAAUUGAAUUUUUGAUUGCAAAGUAAAUGUUUUUUUUUUUCAAACUAACGGUAAAUCAAAUGCCUAAGAAGUUUUAUUCAUAAAUAGUUGUCUAAAUAGAAUGCUGCACAUAUUGUUCAUUACUCGAAUUUUACUAGAAUGAAUAAUUCGGAGGAUAUUUCACGGAUAUCUGUUCAAUUAGGCUUGGUGUUUCGUUUUUUCUAUAGUUGAUACUUCUAACGCCACCUUGUAAUAUGGGUAUUGACUUAACAAAUACUUAAGAAAAAGUAUCUCGAAAAUUUAUGUCAGAGAAAACUACCUUUCCAAAUUUUCCUAGACAUCGUUGUCAUUAUUCUAUCUCGUGGGCGUCACAGGGUUACGUGAAAGCACAAACAAGAUAAUAGUACACACAGAUUUAUUGUCUUUACACAAAAGGUAUAGAAAUUCAUGCACUUUUGAUUAAUUUCUGGAGUUCGCGACACUACUCUUUACACAUUUCCAAUAUAUUUCUCAAUCCAAGUAUCUCGAAAAUUUACGAGAUGUUUGUUAAUUUUUAUUGCGCCUUUUCUGAAAAUCCUUUCAAUAUAGAUCGUAAACCUUAUAUAAAUAACCAUUGAAUGAACGUACAUGCCAGAAUAAACAUUUAAGUAUUAUAUUGACUUCAUUAGUCGCACAAAAGACCAGAGAUAUAUAAUAUACAUGUUGCUGACCCAAAAAUGUAAAGAGUGCAGUACAACAAAACUAAAAUUUUGUAUUUGGGGGACGUGUAAUAUCGAAAUUUAGAAAGUAUUCACACGUAAGUGUUUUUCAAAGUAAAAAUUGUUAAUGGAACAGAUUUUUUCAUACUCGUAAGAUGCCAACAACUGUCGCAUGGACCAAGGAAUAAUAUUAAGUGUAGCUCACUUUCACUUGCCGACAGUAAAUAGCAUUUGACAUAGAUGGAAUUAAUAAAAUUAAUAUAAAUAAUUAUUAUUAACGAUAUUUUGACAUGUCUUCUCUCCGUGUUAGAUCCGUAUAUACAAUAUAUUUGUGAUUAAUGUUUAAAUAGAGGCAUGUGACAGACUGAACUUAGUGCAGGAUAAUUAUUGUUGGAGUGAUAGCGGUCAUCUCACAGGGACGGUCUGCAGCGCAGUAUUAUAAUGCGGGUAGUACGCGCAAAUUGAUAUGUUGCCAUUUAACAAUGACCUCUUUUCUCUUUGACUUAAGAAGCACACAGAUUAUAUCUCGCGCUGCGUAUAGUGCCACCAACUUAUAUGACCUGAAACUAACGCAAAGAGUUUAUAAACUAAAGUCGCAGCGGUCGCCAUUUUGAAAAACAUUUUGACGACCUCCGUGGCGUGGUAUGCACGGUGGAUUUACAAGGCCGAGGUUUUGGGUUCGAUCCCCGGCUGGGCCGAUUGAGAUUUUCUUAAUUGGUCCAGGUCUGGCUGGUGGAAGACUUUCGGCGGUUUCUACCACCCUACCGAUAAAGACGUACCGCCAAGCGAUUUAGUGUUCCGGUACAAUGUCGUGUAGAUACCGAAAGGUGUGUGAAUUUCAUCCUCCUCCUAACAAGUUAUCCCCGCUUCCAUCUUAGAUUUCAUCAUCACUUACCAUCAGGUGAGAUUGUAGUCUAGAGCUAACUUGUAAAGAAUUGAAAAAACAACGUCACCCGAAACGGGCCAGAUAAGUUUGUGGCACUAUCGGUAUUUAUAUUUAACACGCAAUCGUCAAGAAUAAAUUGCUUGCGUGGUAUCUAAAUUAUCUCGUUGAUAUUUAUAUUUAUAUAAAUGAAAUGAAGUUUUCGAUAUUGUAAAUUAUAAUUUGUUAUUCUAGAUUUUAGUUUUACUUUUAUGCAAUACUUUAUUAAAUUAUAGACAUGGUUUGAAAAUUAUUGAGAUGGUUAGUUUAAAAUUUAUUUUAAGUACUUUAACCAGAAACUUGAAAAACUUGAAAUUGGCUUUACUUUUAACAAAGUUAAUGUUAUUAUUAUGCAGUUCUUUAGAAUAAUACUCUUUAUUGUAGUCGUUAUUAUUGAAUAGAAAUUUUCUUUAUUUUGUUAUUUUUAAUAUAUUCUCAAUGAAUUAAAUGAGUACUCUAAUGCAAUGAUGGUUACAAUUAUUUAACCAGAUACUUACAUUAUAGUAGGUAAUAAAAAUACAAUAAAACCAUUUCUCGUGUGCGCUAAAAAAAUUUACACGUCUGACAUAGAUCAAUUUAUUUUUUUGACAUUUCAGGCAAAAUCAAUUUGCUCGUAUCUACCCACAGAAAAAAAAAUUGUAGAAAAAUACAGUAUCUAUUAGGCGUAUUGGUGUUAAUUAUAGUUCACAAUUUAAAAAAAAAUAGUGUUGUACUACGCCAACUGUAUUGUUCAAAUGUUGUGAAAAAAAUAAGUGUUAAAUGUUGUCCUUUUCAGACCGUAUAGAGUAUUGUUUGUCUCAAUAUCUGUAGUACAUGCUAGAUGCAGUUAUGAUUUUUUUUCUUACUAAUAAUUUGUUACUGUUUUGGCACGAUAUUAAUUACCUUCUGACAAAAAAUAUAUAAUGAUGAAAAAUA